GUAUCGCUGAGUUGCGCAGCGAUAGAGCUCGAGCAGCAGAAGUGGUGGAGUUACUGAGAGUCUCAGAGCUUCUACAGCUUUCAUAGCUUUUGAGAGGAAUAGUUCAGUGCAGUCUGGAGCUGUUGAAGUAGUUAAAGUUAAUGGUGGUGUGCUGUGUUUCUCGGUGAGAGACCGGUGUGAGGAGGGAGAGGAGCAGCGGAAUGGUGGGAUAAACAGAGAAACUGCAGCUUUUCUCCUGGAGAGUGUGAACUGUGUCCAACCGAGAUGAAAGACGAGUUUGCUGAGGAGGAAGAUGUCCAGUCAUUUGGGUAUAAGAGAUUUGGCAUCCAGGAAGGAGCUCAGUGCACCAAGUGUAAGAGUGAGUGGGCCCUCAAGGCUGCUAUUGGCCUGCUGUAUGUUCUCUGCAUUCUGCUUACCAUCGCUGUUGCAGUACUAGGUUACAAAGUUGUUCAGAGAGUGAAUGAUGCUGGUGAGGGAAUGCAGAACUAUGGGGGAAAAAUCGUAUCAAUGGAGUUGGACAUAAAAAAGCUAGAUGAUGAAUCUGGUGUAAAGUUGAAGAACACUUCCAACGAGCUGCAGAUGUUUCGCUCUGGACUGUCGGCUUUGCGCCAGAAACUAGCUGCGGUCUCGGACCGUGUCAGCAGCAAUGCUGUGGCGUUGCAGCAAUUCAGAUCUUCGUCCCAGGAUGUGCGCUCCUUGCAAGACUAUCUGCGCUCGCACAUGGAUGCUCACAAAAGUGCCUUGAGAAAGGCUAAUGCUACGCUCAUCUCAGCUUCUGCUGGCUUGCCUCUUCUUCAGCAGAACACUGCACGGCUUCAGCAUGAACUGCAGGUUCACAUCAACGCACAGCGCUCGCUGCAGUUUGGUGUUGACGGCCUCAACCUUACCCAAAUGCGCCAGGACACGGUCACGGGGGCACUCCAGCGCACGAUGGAAGUGGCAGCUGAGGCCGUGCAGAGCAUGCGCAGCGACGCGCUGACACUACAGCGGGACACGCAACUGGUCAGCGGUAAUGAAGACUGGCUUAAAGAAAAGAUUAGCAACCUGCGAAAUGAUGGAUUGAAUAGUUUUUCUCAAGCUAAGGGCAACGCGGAUAGCCUGGACAAACUGAGCUCUCAGUUAUUUAGCAUCUCCAGUCAAAUUCUCAAUGUCAGCGCGCUCAGCGAUGUGAAUGCAGUGAACCUUCGGGAGCUGCUGGACCAGCAGAGGGAAUACGGUAGACGCAUAAGUGCUCGCUUCGAUCAGAUGGAGGAGCACCUCGAUGCUGCAGAAACAGGGGUAGACAUGGUCACGGGGAAUGUGAGCUAUGCCACGCGGAUGCUGGGAGGAGUUAACGGAGAGCUUGGUGAUCUGCGGAGCUGUUCAGACACAGUGGGGCAUCAUUCGGAUCUUCUGUUGAGUCUAAACAGGAGUCUGGCUGAAGCACAGGCAGAGGGGAACACUGUAAGAUCCCAACAAGAUGACCUCUCAGCCCGUCUGGACAAGGAGGUCAGCAGUCUGUCCAUCAUCAUGGAGGAGAUGAAGCUUGUGGACAGCAAGCACUCACAGCUCAUCACAAACUUCACAGUACUGCAAGGACCUCCUGGACCAAGGGGUCCUCGUGGUGAAAAGGGCUUAAUUGGUGCGGUCGGUCCUCCUGGCCAGAAGGGGGAGCAAGGCAACAAAGGGGAGGCAGGGGAACCUGGCUCACGAGGAGAACAAGGAAUCCCCGGUCCUCCAGGACUUCCAGGAUUCACAGGCAACCCGGGGUCACGUGGAAGCUCUGGACCAAAAGGCCCACGGGGGUCAGGAGGCCGUGCAGGACCCCAAGGUUCCAAAGGAGAGCCAGGCACACCUGGAUUAUCGGGAAGAGAUGGCCUGCCAGGGCCUCAGGGUGCUCAAGGGAUGCUGGGUGUUCGUGGACCUAUUGGCCCAGUGGGAGAUCCGGGACUCCAAGGCACAGUAGGGCCUAUUGGACCUCCAGGACCACCAGGGUUGCCAGGUCCACCUGCCAGAAAAAUAGAAGUACCAACUAUACCUGUUGCACUGCAUGGCGAGACAGCAGUUAUUCCCACCAUCUCGCUGCCAGGUUGCCCUCCUGGCUGGAUAAGGUUCAGAAACAGCUGCUACUUUUUUCCUUCCGAGCAACUCAGUUUUGAUGAAGCUCAGAGAAAGUGCAACGCCAUGACCUCAUCCAUGGUCAUUAUCAAUGAUAAUGAAGAACAGGGCUGGCUGCACCUAAAGACUGUGGGUAAAGGCUUUUUCUGGCUGGGUUUGACAGACAGACAGGAAGAGAAUGUUUGGCGUUGGGUUGACGGCUCAGUGCCUACCUUCACGAAGUGGAGGAUUGGUCAGCCUGACAACUGGAGCCAUGGGCACGAGGAUGGAGAAGACUGUGCAGGUCUGGUUCAUGGUGGUUUAUGGAACGAUUUCUUCUGCGAGGAUCCAUUCAGCGCAAUCUGCGAGAGAGCGAUAGACAGCUGAAAUUGGUGAUUAUGUAUCACAUGCAAAGGUAAGAGUAGGCCUGUGUCCCAGUGAUCAGAUGGAAGUGGUUAAAAUGCCUCAUGGCUUCUGUCCGAGAAGGAUGACUGACAUCAUGGAGACACAAAGCUGAUGCUGGUGCAACGAGAAAGAUGAGACAUUCAUCAUUUUCUGCAGGAAAAGCAGAUUGCUGAUUGGUCCGUUGGGUUGAAAAGAUUCAGCAUGCAGUUGGACUGUGUUUUUUGACCAAAGUUAGUCUAAUCAACCCGGAAGGAAGCUGAUAGAGACUCUAUUUGAGCUCAGUGAGGCUAUACUGUGCUAUGCUGAGCUCAUCAGCUGAUGAGAAUGAUAUCUAUGAAGUAUAAAUAGUACUAAUGGAAUUGUGGUUAAUAAACAAGCAGCGAAAAGAAAGUAAAACAAGGAUAUAAAUGUGUAUUUUAGUAUUUUGAUGCUUAAGACUUUCAUAGUAUUAUAUUGGGAAAUUGAUAUGUUUACUAUAUUUCUUGUAUUCUUCAUUAUUUCAACCAUUCUUUUUUCCAUGGGCUCUUUCUCUUCAUAUUUCCAGGCAUCUUUCCAUGCUCCUUUUCCCAUUGUUACCCAUUAACAGAACAUAUGACACAAUAAAGGCUAAUUUUAUCAUAA